AUGUCUGAAUUGGUAUAUGGUGUUACUUAUUCAAACUAUUUAGCCUGCAUUGGACAGUACGAAUCCUCCAAAAAAGCAUUUGACGAAACAAAGACGGUUUGGGAGUAUACACCAACUACCGAUCCCAAAAAUGCUUUGUUGACAGCAAGGGCGUAUACUGAACGAUGUAUGCUUUUAGCGGAUGCCUAUGUAACAAGAUCACUCAUUUUAGCAAAUACGGAUACCCUCGAUAGCGCCAUUGAUUGCUCAACGGCCGCGCUUCAACUCAUCAACAAAUGCAUCAAGGUGACACAAAAGACCAUUGUCGACCGUUCUGAAAAGAAGAAGGUGUCAACAGAAUUGGAAAACCCCUUCGCGCCUACGCCACCACCACCGCCACCGCCAUCUGAACAAGACAAGACUAAGGUUGUAUUUAAAGAAUCUCAGUGGACAAUGGCUCAAAAACUUGGAAAGUGUCUAAACACAUUGGCUUCAUUGUAUAUGCGAAAAGGUUCUUGGAACGAAGUAAAAUAUUUUAUCAAAGAAGGACCAUUACUUGCUGAACAGGUGAAUUCCAAUGCUAUAUUUUUUUAUUCAUAUUUGAUCUCCAGUGAAUUUCAUCGACGAUGUGGAAAAUUAGAUACUGCCACAGAGAAUAUUGAGCAAGCGGCAGCAUAUAAACCUACUGGUGAUCAUCAUGCCUUGGAUGAAAUCUACCUACAACUCACAAUGGCCAAUUUGGGGGUUUCAAAUGGAUAUUAUAAUGAUGCUAUUACCACAUUCGGAAACAUUAGAACUGAAUUGGAUAACCUCUGUGGAAUAGACUAUAUCUCCAGCAUUGAACAAACAGAGCAUAUUAGAGAACCAAAUACUCGAGUUAUGUUUGACGAUGAAACCAAGAAAUCUGAAAGGGGUGAUUGUGCUCCAUUAGAACUUAUCAAAAGUGAUGUCAUGAUCCAA